GAUUCCUGCUGAAGCAGCCCCUGGACUUCAUGGACAAGCCCGCCUCGCUGUUCGUGCUGUGCGCGGGGCUGCGCGGGAGCGCGGCGGCCGCGGACUUCUGCGCCAGGCGCAUCCACACACUGUUGCUCCCCAAGCUCAGCGGUCGGGCUACGGUCUGGUACGACUUCGAGCUCGUCGAAGCCCUGACCGAAACAGCCAAGGCCAUGGACGACAUGCUCCUCGACUCGCCAGCGUGCUUCGCGGG